AACAAAUCAAACCGCUUUUUUUUGCUUCAAGCACUCAGUUUUAGUUUUGAGUUUUGUUUCAACCAAACAGGAAGAUACAAACGCAAUCUUGUUCAGAAGGUCAUUCACACAGACUCAUCCACGCACAUAACAUGGCUAGAUUAUCUGUAAUCCGACGAAACCAGACAAAUGGGUGGUCGCUGUUGCCGUUUUUGUGCUGGUCUCUGUCGCUUUGGAAAAUGCUCCUGCUUUCACCGGUUGUCGAGUCCUUUUCGGACGCUCUACUUCUGGGAAGACAACGAAGCGGCGGCGGCAGCAGCGGUGCCUUUUCAUCGUCCGCAUUGUCUUCCAGCGAGGAUUGCACUACCGGUACCAUGAACGUCGUCGACGAGGGUGCCAUCAAUAGUCACACAAACUCCAGACGAGCCGCUAUCGGAAGGCUAGUGGGAUCGACAGCAGUGGCCGCCUGUGCCGGGAUUGGUCUUUCACCCUCACUCGCCGCUGCCGCUUCCAGUGACACGGAUUCCGUCACCAAGCAGACCAAUCUAUCUGAAGAAGAAUUGCUUGCCAUUGUUGUCGAAAAAGACCUUGUUGCCAACCAGUUCUUAGUCAGCGGGAGGCUCACCCGCAGCAUAUACGAUGAGGCCUGCGUCUUUACCGACGAGAUCGACACCUACACCCUCGACAAGUGGAUCACCGGGACAUCCCGCUUGUUUGAUGCCAAUCGGUCUAGGGUGACCCUGGUGCCGGGAUCUGCCACCAUCAGCAAGAGCGAUGGCUCGUUGUCCUUUCGCUUCUACGAGUACCUCUGCUUCAACAUCCCGUUCGUGAAACCGAUCACCUACCUGAGCGGAAAACUAGUCCUAGAGCGGUCUCCCUCCACCGGUCUCAUCACCUCCUACAAGGAGAUUUGGGACCAGGAUGUGAACACGGUCGUCUCUCAGAACUCGAAACUCUUCACGAGUGGCCUCUCCAAUGACUCACUCGACGCGGACCUCGAAACCUUUGGGGCAAAGAUGGAAUCCCUGUUCGAUUAGAUAAUGUUUGAAUAGAAGCGAGUCGCGUGG